AUGUCCCGAGAUUUCAACAAAGGGAUUCCGGGCCAGAUCCCGGGGUUGGACCUUGGGAACGUGGUUGCAGACGUCGCAUCUUCUUUCGUUGAGGCCAUCAAUCUUGGCCGCCCAGCGCCGGGCAGUCUGCAUCGAAAUCUGAAGAUAUCUCUGGCUCACCUGGUGGCUGAAAUCAAGUCGGUUGAUGUUGUUCAGGCCCUAGUCUGUCAGACCUCACUGCAAAGGCGCCUCCAGCAAAUUGCACAGUGCCUGAACGAAAUUCUUUGCGGCGACUACGUCAAGGCACAAUACCGACGCUCUGUGGAGGAAGAAGCAAGACGACGCACACCACGACUCACCCAGCUGAUCGCAUUUUUCCUAGGCAAGAAUGAAGAUUUGUCUCCAUCCGCAUUGAUCGAGAAGUGGUGUCGCUACCCUCUUCCUAUUCUGGGAAUGUUCCGCGAGCUUGUUUGUCGCUCUGGCUUACGGGGACUUGAUAUUAAGAGGUUCCUGAAGGAUGAUGAUCAUCUCCUCGGGUACCUUACUGCACUUGUCAAAGAUUGGAAUAGGCUCGUAGAUCAAAUUUACGAUGGGAGUUAUUCCGACAAUGGCUCGGAAGUUUCCGAUGAUGCGGACUGCCCACAGCCUCCCACAGUCGAAACUCUACUCCGUGGAGAGGACAGUGUGCAUCAACGAUCACAGUUUCUGUACGACAUUCUCCACAAAACCUGGCCUUGCCAGUCAGAAAGCCAUAAUCACGAUGGACGAUUGGGUCUCUGUCUAGAGGCAAAGUUCUACCUGGAUCCCCGGUGGAGCGAAAAAGAUCAUACCCACGAUGGCUUCUUCAUUCUCUUAGCCGGUCCUGAAAUUCUACAAGAGUGUCGAAUAUACGUCAAGAAAAUUGGCAGGAUGGAGAAAGACGUAGCGGCUUGCCUCGUAUCUCACGACGAUCAAUCUCGAGGUGUUUGCCUGUAUUUAAUGAGCGACGGUAACAAUCAGCUUUGGGAUCAACGGAGAUCAGCUCGACCUCUCGAGCUCAUAGUCGCCGAGGAUGAACACGUCGAUAUGAGUCUCAGUCAGCUGCUCAUGACCGUGAAGCCAACUUAUGCUGCGAAGCGGGUGAUGGGUGUGACACUGGCCCGUUGCAUCUUGCAUCUUGUCGAAGGAUCAUGGGUGAGCGAAUCCCUGUCUGUUGAGGAUAUCUAUGUUUAUUGCAAGAUGCAAAAUGAUCUCCCGCGCCCGUUGUUUCACAAAAUUUUCAUUGCCACCAAGUUCGACGUCGAUCACGAUCGAAGUCGCCAGCCCGGAGCCUACAGAAUCCAUCCAUUCCCCACAAUUCUUGCGCUUGGCAUUGUGCUUUUAGAACUUGAAUUGGGAGAAGAUUUACCGGAAAUCAAAGAUCGGCUUUCAUUUGACUCCAAAAGGCGUAACCCAUUUUAUCUUGCCCAGCAUCUUCUAAGGGAAUUCCGAGAGCGUUACAAUCUAGACUCAGGCCUUCUGCAAGCCGUCGAGUUCUGCAUUGAUCGCACAUCCUUCUCUCGGUUUGCUACACGAACCCCCGAAGCUCAGGUAUCGAAUCAGGAAUUUAUCGAGACCUACUACAACAAAAUUCUGCGUCCCUUGGAAAGAGACCUAGUAAAGGGGGCUCAUUGGACAUGGGAUCAGGUCGCCCAGCUGAAGCACCCUAGCCUUGCAGAUGCUGGAAUCUCUAAAGUAUUGAACAAGAGAUCCUUUCCCUUAAACUUUACCCAUGAAACCUCAUCUGGUCUCAAUGAACAUCAAUCACAACAACGAGUACAGACUGCCGUCACGGUGACCACAUUGGAAUCAAGGAAAGAUACCCACUUGAAUUCUUUGGGAAGGCCGCCACCGCAGAUACUUCCUUCGAGUAGCCUGAAGCAUCAACCCCAGGCGGGUCAUUCAACGCUGAAUGGAUCUUCUCUUCAUGAAUCACCAAUCCUGUCAUCAACCCUGCCGUCGAAACCACAGUCCCGGGAUGAUUUUGAGGUUGCCAUUAUAUGCGCACUGCAAACGGAAGCAAACGCUGUGCAAGCUAUGUUCGACAAGCAUUGGGAUGAAGAUAGCAUAUAUCAAUACAAGAAGCAGGCGAACGAUCCCAACUCCUACUCUGCGGGAUUAAUAGGAAAUCACAACGUGGUUCUUGCUCACCAGCCCCGCAUGGGGAAGGUAACAGCUGCAAAUGUCGCAGCUGCAUGUUCGAUGAGCUUCACAAAAUUGAAGCUAGCCCUGAUUGUCGGUGUCUGCGGCGGCGUGCCUGCUCCCGAAUCUAGCCAAGAUAUCCUUCUGGGGGACGUUGUCUUCAGUAAGGGAAUUGUACAGUAUGACUUUGGAAGACGAUAUCCCGACCGUUUCCGCCGAAAGACCACAAAACCACCAUACAUCGGCAAAGGCUCCAAGCAACAAUAG